AUGGCCUUCCUCUGGCUCCUCUCCUGCUUCGCCCUCCUGAACACAGCCUUCGGCUGUGGGGUCCCUGCCAUCCAACCUGUGCUGACUGGCCUUUCCAGGAUCGUCAACGGGGAGACCGCUGUCCCCGGCUCCUGGCCCUGGCAGGUGUCCCUGCAGGACAGCACCGGCUUCCACUUCUGUGGAGGCUCCCUUAUCAGCAAGGACUGGGUGGUCACUGCUGCCCACUGCGGGGUCACAACCUCUGACCGCGUUGUGGCUGGGGAGUUUAACCAGGGCUCGAGCUCCGAGGACAUUCAGGUCCUGAAGAUUGCCAAGGUUUUCAAGAACCCCAGCUACAGCUCGCUCACCAUCAACAAUGACAUCACUCUUCUGAAGCUGUCCACGCCCGCCAGCUUCUCCCAGACCGUGUCGGCUGUGUGCCUGCCCAGCGCUGAUGACAACUUUGCCGCUGGGACAAUUUGCGCCACCACCGGCUGGGGCCUGACUAAGUACACCAAUGCCAACACCCCUGACAAGCUGCAGCAGGCGGCCCUGCCCCUCCUGUCCAACACCAAAUGCAAGAAUUACUGGGGCAGCAAGAUCACCAGUAAGAUGAUCUGCGCAGGUGCCAGCGGCGUCUCCUCCUGCAUGGGUGAUUCUGGUGGACCCCUGGUCUGCCAGAAGGAUGGAGCCUGGACCCUGGUGGGCAUCGUGUCCUGGGGCAGCAGCACCUGCUCCACCUCCACCCCUGGCGUGUACGCCCGUGUCACCGCGCUCGUCUCCUGGGUACAGAAGAUAUUGGCGGCCAACUGAGCCCCCAGUCUCACCUUGGCCUCCCUGCUUCCACAAAGCCUCAAUAAACCGGUAGAACACA